AUGCCACAUGGGAUUCUAGUAUAUUUUGAUGGAACAAGUCAACAAUAUCUAGCAGAUUUACUCCAUAUACAGCCCCUCUGGACGGAGACAAUGUCAGCCUUUCAAAGUAAAUUCUCCAGUCUUGAGGCGCAACUAGGAGAAUUCCACCAGCGAAUCGAUGACAGUCUCGACACCCGUGACCCCAAUGGGCGAAAUAACUAUCCUAUUGAGCACUUCAAUGCACUCAGAAACAUCAUUUUCCAGCUCUCCGUCGACUCGAAAAACAACGGUACCCUACAGAGCGAUAACAUCGUGAAGGUGAUCUCCAAGUCUUGCGACUGUCUUCGCGCAUCCCUGGAUGUAACCUCGGAAUCGGAUGUCUUGAGCUGUCAGCUGUUGAACCUCUCGUGGCUAGUGAGCGCGAAAGCGUCCAUACAGACACUUGCUGCGGCAUUAAAGGUUUUUUCUGAUAACGUUCACCUUCUCAACGAAGAAGUACAAUACUGGGAGGACGUUUUAGAGUCUAAGUGGGGCUUAGGUCUUUUCACCCUCCAGACAUUCCCUCUUAAGAUAUGGCGAAGAAACAUGGAACCUGGACGCAAUGACAACAGAAGUGUAGCCUCCAAGCAUGUCGCGGAGCAUAUUGCUACUGAGGCAGGACCUAGCUCCAGUUUAUGGUUUCAGUUCUAUGACUCGGCCCAACGAUGCACUUCUUCACGACUUCGAUCCUUCCAAGUUGGGUUAUUUUCGUCUUUAAAUGAAUCGAAGUUAGAGAUACAACGGAAAAAGAGGACAUUAAAAGCAAUGAGAGACUUUAACGCAAGCUCGGUCGGGCUUCUUAUCGAAGAGUGUCUAUCAUUCGGAGAGGGUAUUCAGAAAGCUGGUAGUAUCGAUGGAUUUACGGGCGACUCUACGGACGGCUCUAUCAAUAGCGAUUUGUCCCAGUCAGUGCGGACCAGUGUCGGUAUUUUGAAAUCUCUUCUGCAGGCUGGGAACGAGGAUAGAAUGUGCGAACAUGCGAAUAAACUUUUUGGGGUUGGUGACGAGCCAUCUGGCUGGAAAAACUACAACGCUGGAAUCAACAUCGAUGCACAAGCCAUCCUUCAUGAACUAAUCUACAUUCUUACGGAUCUUCUUCCUAUGUAUAAGCAAGUCUCAACACGGUGUGUCGUUGAACUUGGACGCCCGUCAGCCGCAGUCCGGUAUUGGCUGCCAAUAUCGUUCGCACUGGUUUCAAUCACUACGUCGUUGAAAAUCGCGAGCGACGUCGGCCCUGUUUUGGUUGAAUCGAUUUCGAACUUUGGGGCCACCACACUUGACUUCUGGAGGAACUGGGUUGUGAGCCCGACAUGGAAACUUAUUCGGACCAUACGACAUGAUGAAAAGAGCGAUAUCGCUUUGAUGAGCAAGAGCAGUUUGGAAGCGGAUCGAGCAAGUCUUGAAAGAAUGGUGGUUGAUUUUGUACUUGAUCGUGGUGAGCACAGCAACCCUGCUGAGCCAACAGAUUUUAUUGCGGACAAAGUCAGGGAAGGAGACUUGACGCCAGUGCUGAGAGCCUACGAGAAGGACUUGCGGAGUCCUUUUGUGGGCACUAUUCGGGGGGAUCUAGUCCGCGCUCUCUUGAUUCAGAUCCAGAAAACUAAAGUAGAUGUUGAGGUAGCUAUGAGUGGCAUCGACGCCUUACUCAAAAGCCAGGAGCUUGUUUUCGGCUUUGUUGGCCUGACCCCCGGACUACUUAUAUCGUAUGCUUCAAUACGUUGGCUUUUUGGAUUUCUUGGAAGUCGGAGAGGCUUCAGAUUAGGCAGAAAGCAGGACGACUUACGAUAUGCUUUGCGGAAACUCCAUCGAAUACUUUCAACGUCUAGUCCCACGGCAGGCGGGCGUCUCAGGUAUAGAGACCACGGCUUGCUACUAUGCAAUGUUGAAACUCUCCUUAGUAAAGCCCAGGUUAUGCUUAAAGGAGCGAAUCUUCGUGCAUUCAAGGAGGACACUAGUGACCUGAUUAAUGAGAAUCGAAGCCACAGACAGCUCCAGGUAGUUGAAAGGAUGGCUUGGACCUACUCGAAGUGGACUUAG